AAAAAAAAACUCCAAUUGGUAUCCACUUAGUGAAUAAAGUUUAAUUUCGACGGACGCAUCACAAAGAUUAUCGACCGAUCGAUCGACUGCUCGACGACACUGUGAUCUACUACUCUGGCCUGCCACAGGGCAUCUGCCAGAAUGGCCCCGGUCUGACGACGGACUCCUUCAUGUUCGACUUUCUUUGUAAAUAACCGCGGGAAGAAACGAUGGGUUUGUCGCAGAGCUCGGAUGUGCGGGAAGGAAGCACAUAUGGAUACCACGUCCAUGGGAUACAGGAGAAUUCGCCUGCGGAGAAAGCUGGUUUGGAGCCUUUUUUUGAUUUCAUAAUAUCAAUUGGAAAUACUAGACUGAACCAGGAGAACGACAUGCUUAAAGAUCUGCUCAAGGCCAACGUGGAGAAGCCAGUGAAGAUAGAGGUGUACAGUAUGAAAACAAUGAGGGUCCGUGAGCUGGAGGUGGUUCCCAGUAACAUGUGGGGAGGACAGGGCCUGCUUGGUGCCAGUGUCCGCUUCUCCAACUUCCAGGGAGCCAAUGAAAAUGUGUGGCACGUUCUGGAUGUGGAUCCCAAUUCUCCAGCUGCUCUGGCAAGCCUACAGGCCCACACAGACUACAUUGUUGGAGCUGACCAGGUGUUGCAAGAUUCGGAGGACUUUUUCUCCUUGAUUGAGAGCCAUGAGGGUAAAGCACUGAAGCUGCUGGUGUACAACACGGAGACAGACUGCUGCCGGGAGGUGGUGGUCACGCCCAACGGUGCAUGGGGUGGAGAAGGGAGUCUAGGGUGUGGCAUCGGCUAUGGCUAUUUGCAUCGCAUCCCGAGUCGGCCAGUUUCCACCAAAAUGAGCAAAGCCACGUCCCCUUCUCCUCAUCUGCAAGGAGGAAGUCCCUCCCCUGAAUUGCCCACUAAUGGGUACGCUGAGGUGUCUCUGUUGGCUGCGCCCCUGCAGUCAGAGAAUGGUACAGAGAGCCCAGGUCACGAGCUGGCUGGCAUACCCCUCUCUUCUCAGGACUCGCACCUACCACCCCCAAUCCAGAGAGUCAUGGAUCCAGGCUUCCCUAACCAGUCAGAAGCCCCCGUGGGUGAGCCCUCCGACAUGGCCGAUAGGUUGGACCUGUCCGUCUCGUCCAUCGACAUGACCAACACAGCUCUGCUAGUGCAGGAUGAGGAAAACAUCUCUGGUAUCGAGGAAUUGGCGGACAGCGAGCAUCCGUUACCAGGUGGCCAGGUGGUGCGGAACAUUCAGGAGGAAGAGGAGGAGGAAGAAAAGGUAGAGGCGGAGCCUGUUUCCCAGUUUGCUGACUCCACCACAGGCAACAUCAGUCUGGAUGAUGUGGAUAGGCUGCAGCCUGAGGUGGCACCGUCUCCCAGGCAGCUGACGGAUUUGCUGACAUCUGACCCCGGAGACCCUGAAGCCCAGGGUGUCAGCGAAGAGACUACGGCUUUGAGUGUGGAGUAGGUUUCCUCUGGGCUUUGCCAAACACACUUUGUCCCCUGAGGUUCUAAAAUCAGUCACUGGGUAAAAGUUGUACAGCAGAAUUGAAACACUGAACAAUCAGUUUUUUUUUUUUUUUUUUUUCUCCCCUCCCCCAACACUUUGGACAAGGAGCUGAAGCCAUUGGUAAACUUUCAACUUUGCUUGGACAAAAAAGGUUACUUGCCAUUUUAUGCACAAAGGGCAUUGUUACUUUUGAGAUGAUUUUUAAAUUGUUGGUUUUAAAUGCUAAAAAGGUUAAAAUCAGUAUUUAUUCAGAUAGUCUUUUGCAAUUACUUGGUAUAUUUAAUUGCAUUAAAAACUUGGCAAGUCAUUGAAUGUUGCCUAGAACACUAAUAUCAGCAUAGUUUACAGAUGAACAUUUGCUAUAUUAACAGGUAUGUAAAUUUUAAAUGAGAAAUUUCCCAUGAAAGGUAUCCAUUUUUUUUGAAGCACCUUGCACCAGUAAGCCAAAGAUUCAACCGCUGACAAAUAAUGGAGUUGUGUGGCAGGGGUAGCAAUUUAGAAACUGAACUUAUUUUAGUUACUUCAGUGACAUUAUGGAGAAGGUACAUCUUAACCAACUUUAGUCACAAAAACAAAUUUUUUAUUCUAGUUUUUAAACAAAGAUUUUAGUAUAUUGUGGUUAUAUAUGCAGGAUACAGAGAGCUACUCAAAGUAUAUGUUGUAAUUAAAAAUGUAGUGUAAUAUUUUUGGACAUAACUGGUACAUUUUUCUCCCUCCCCCAAUGCAAAUAUGCAAAGUCGAAUAACCAUUAGCUCUUCAUUGCCACAUACACACAUCCAGCCCAGCAAUUCUCAAAAAGCUAUAAUGACCACAAUCUCAUGCACACAAAUGCUGUGUAAAAUCUUUUUUUGAAGGCUAUGCAAAUCCACAUUUAUGUAUUCUUUAUAGUGUAAUGAUAAUUUUGGGGAUUUUUAGGUGCUUUGUCUAAAUUCUUAGUCUAUAGUUAUUUUUUAAAGUUCCAUAGAAUGUGCUGAUUUGCUUUGAUUAGAACACUUUUUUUUUUUUUGUUACGAACAUUGAUCCUUUUGGGAAAAGAUUUGUAUCUGUGCUUUAGGAGUCUGAAUGUCUCCUUCAGCUUUUGAAGGAAAAACAGGGCAAAACUGGAACAAUUAAUAAAGUAAUCUGAAUAA